CUGGGUGUCCGUCGGAAAGUGAAGUGUGUUUGGCGUGCUAGUGGUCUCAGAGUUUCUUCCUCUACUGUCUGUCCUUCGUUACCUGUUGUUUUCGUUUUUCAACUCCACUCGAGAGGUUUUAACUCACUAUUAUAAAAAAUAAGGCCUGUGGCUGAUUUAUGGGACGUUUUAGAAAAGUUGCUGAAGUGCUCUUUGAGGAACCGGUGGACGGCGGACCGUUGCGAAGAUGGAUAAGCUAACCGAUAGCUGAGUUUUGUUAGCCGAAAACCACAGGUCAAGAAUAGGUUCAGGCUAGCAUGCUAACACUGAGCUAAUUUAGCAUUUCGUCGGCUAACCGAGUGACUUUAACUUGUAACGUCAGAACUACGAACGGUUGUUUCUCGGGCCUGGUUCCCACACAGUUCGUCACAGGCCAGCUAACCCAGGAAAAACACUCGGUGUGUAUCCAAAGGGAAAAAAAGAGACAGAGAAGUUUUGUUUGUUUGAGAGGCGGCUGUUCGUCUCUCAGCCAAGACCGAGAGCAUGCUGUCCAACGCACAGAACCAGCCACUGUUUCCCAACCCGGCGGGGCAGCAGAACACAGCCGGGCAGCAGAACCCUCCGGGCCAGUUCCUUCCGUUUCACGCCAGACCCAGCUUACAGAUAAAGAAGAACGCCAUAACGGAUGACUACAAGGUGACCAGCCAGGUGUUGGGGCUGGGCAUCAAUGGCAAGGUGCUCGAAAUUUUCCAGAAGAAGACUGGAGACAAGUAUGCACUGAAGAUGCUCCAGGAUUGUGCAAAGGCACGGAGGGAAGUGGAGCUCCACUGGAGGGCUUCACCUUGUGCCAACAUUGUACGCAUCAUUGAUGUCUAUGAGAACCUCUAUCAGAACAGGAAGUGUUUGCUUAUAGUCAUGGAGUGCAUGGAUGGUGGUGAACUCUUUAGUCGAAUCCAGGACAGGGGAGACCAGGCCUUCACAGAGAGAGAGGCCUCUGACAUCAUGAAGAGCAUAGGAGAAGCAAUUCAGUUCCUGCAUGCUGUCAACAUUGCACACAGAGACGUUAAGCCAGAGAAUUUACUGUAUUCUUCAAAAAGACCCAGUGCACUGCUCAAACUCACAGACUUUGGCUUUGCUAAGGAGACAACUUCACACAACUCUUUAGCUACCCCCUGCUACACACCGUACUAUGUUGCUCCAGAGGUUCUGGGCCCAGAGAAAUAUGACAAGUCGUGUGACAUGUGGUCAUUAGGUGUCAUCAUGUAUAUACUGUUGUGUGGGUACCCUCCUUUUUAUUCUAACCAUGGUCUUGCCAUCUCUCCUGGGAUGAAGAAGAGGAUCAGGAUGGGCCAGUAUGAGUUUCCAAACCCUGAGUGGUCUGACGUAUCAGAGGAAGCUAAACAGCUGAUCAGGACACUCCUUAAGACAGAGCCAACACAAAGGAUGACCAUCACUGAAUUCAUGAAUCAUCCAUGGAUCAAUCAAUCAAUGGAGAUUCCCCAGACCCCACUUCACACCAGCCGGGUGCUAAAGGAAGAAAAGGACGCAUGGGAGGAUGUCAAGGAGGAAAUGACCAGUGCCUUGGCGACAAUGAGGGUUGAUUAUGAGCAGAUCAAGAUCAAGACCAUUGAAGACUCAACCAAUCCCCUGCUAACAAAAAGAAGAAAGAAAGCCACUAACAGCAUGGCAGACACACAGUCUGGUGCCUGCUGAGAGCUGCACGAAUGCAUGCACAUACAAACACAGGUUGUAAAAAAAGAAAGCAAUAACUUUUCAACAUGUGAGUCGCAAUGCAUGGAUUUUAUCAGUGUUUUAUUUUUCAUGGCAAAUUCUAAUGUUUUGUAGGAGUGUUUUGUUUUUAUUACUCUACCAUUUUAACAAGCCCAACCCUCUGCUCUGGCAAAGUGGAUCUGUUUUUACACCCGUGAAGAGAUUACGAUUUAUAGAAAAGGAGAGGAGAGGGAAUCUGUAAAAAUUUCUUUUCCUUUUUUCCCUUAUGUCAGGUUUUAAACUGAGAGGGGCUCGAUUGUUGGAAUAGGACAUGAAGCCUUAGCAUUAGCAGUACUUUUUCCUCCACAGCCCUGUUCUAGCACCAUCCCCUCACCAGUGAAUGUUUUGUUAAAUGGCUAAAUCCCAAAAAUAAAAGCAAGGGAAAUUUCUUUUACGUACAUUCAGAGUUAGCAGAUGUAUUUUGAACUGACGAGUGGAAUGUAAGGACUCUGUGCCCGACUGUUGAAAUUAGGAUAGUUGCUCAUAGUUGAGUCUGUCAGGUUCAUUGUGUCGUAGUGAAUGUUUAACAGAGGCCUAUGCACUCACUCAAGGGCCAUGUGCCAUUCUGACAGAGCACCUCACUCUUGGCUCCUCUCUCCUUUUUGUUUUUUUUGUUUUUUUUUAUCGACACUUGUUUUUCAGAGAAUUAGUUUUAGGCCAGGGAAGGAUGCAAGGUUUAAGAACAGAAACUGGCUCAACCUUUCUCCUGUAUGUAGCUCAAAGAAGAGAAGGAGUCAACUGAUACUGUAUUUUUUCAUGGAUUUUAUGAACUUAUUGUAAAAGGCCUUAAUGAGUGUUGCUAAAUCAGCAAAUGACGUUUGAUCCCUACCUACCAUUUGGUUCAGGCUUGCACCAGUGUUAAGCUUCAGAUUUUAUAACAUUGCCAGAUUAUAUUUCAGGUUAAUGCUAUGCAGAUGUGUUUGUUAACAAGUGAAGUGCAAGUACUGCUAGGACCUUUUUUGGUUUGUGUGGAUUUCUGUUUGUCUUAGAGAGACAUCAGGUGACAACAUGGAGCGUUUGUAUGAGUUUGUGUUGUCAGUGGCACCUUGUAGGGAAUUCAUGUUUCAGACCGUCUGGUCCAGGUCAGACUGUCUCUCUGAAAUGAUCACUUAGUGAUACUUAAGAAGGGACUAAUCUGGUUUGAAUCAACCUCCAGCGUGUGUCUUCACACUUUGCCUGAGGCGUGAUAGAAAGUACAAAUUACUAUAGAGCUGCUCCCUCGCCUCAGAGCAGAAUCUGAAAUAACACCAGCAAGCAUCCAAACAGCGUAUGAUGGUUGGUUUCUCUUUAAUGUUUUGCUAACCUAAUGGGGCACUGUCCAUCUCACAUGGGAUCAUGGGACAUGAUUAUGUUUGUUUUGUGAGUCUGGUCCUCUUCACUUUGUAAAAUCACAUCCUAAUUACCUGUCACAUCACACCCACAAAUUUCUCACUGUAAAAAUGUUCAUUGAAUUGUUGUGAUUUUUUUUUUCUUUCAUCCCCCUCAACACUUUUUGUAGUUGAAUCACAGAUGUGUCUAUCAUUUUUUUCCUUGUCAUUGAGUCUGUUUAGCUCCACCUGCCGUACUUUUGUCUGCUAAGCUUUGGAUUAAAAAACAUUGAA